GGAGUGAUGACGUACGGGCUGGGGCCCCAGCCUGUCAGUGCGCGGCCAGGUACGGGCCCCGGGGCCCGCGGGGCCGGCGCCUCUAUGGCGGCUGUGUUCGACCUGGACCUGGAGACCGAGGAAGGCAGCGACGGCGAGGGCGAACCAGAGCUCAGCCCGGCUGACGUGUGCCCCAUUGCCGAGUUGCGGGCUGCUGGCCUGGAACCCGUGGGACACUAUGAAGAGGUGGAGCUGACGGAGACCAGCGUGAACCCCGGCCCUGAGCGCAUCGGGCCCCACUGUUUUGAGCUGCUGCGCGUGCUGGGCAAGGGGGGCUAUGGCAAGGUGUUCCAGGUGCGGAAGGUGCAAGGCACCAACUUGGGCAAAAUAUAUGCCAUGAAAGUCCUGAAGAAGGCCAAAAUUGUGCGCAAUGCCAAGGAUACAGCGCACACGCGGGCCGAGCGGAACAUUCUGGAGUCCGUGAAGCACCCCUUCAUUGUGGAAUUGGCUUAUGCGUUCCAGACUGGCGGCAAGCUCUACCUCAUCCUCGAGUGCCUCAGUGGCGGUGAGCUCUUCACACAUCUGGAACGAGAAGGCAUCUUCCUGGAGGACACGGCCUGUUUCUAUCUGGCAGAGAUCACCCUGGCCCUCGGACACCUCCACUCCCAGGGCAUCAUCUACCGAGACCUCAAACCUGAGAACAUCAUGCUCAGCAGCCAGGGUCACAUCAAACUCACAGACUUUGGCCUCUGUAAGGAGUCGAUUCACGAGGGUGCCAUCACCCACACCUUCUGCGGCACCAUCGAGUACAUGGCCCCUGAAAUCCUGGCGCGCAGUGGCCACAACCGGGCCGUGGACUGGUGGAGCCUGGGGACCCUGAUGUACGACAUGCUCACUGGAUCGCCACCCUUUACGGCUGAGAACCGGAAAAAAACCAUGGACAAGAUCAUCAAGGGGAAGCUGGUGCUGCCCCCCUACCUCACCCUGGACGCCCGGGAUCUCAUCAAAAAGUUUCUGAAACGGAAUCCCAGCCAACGGAUGGGGGGUGGCCCAGGGGAUGCUGCUGAUGUACAGAGGCACCCCUUCUUCCGGCACAUCAAUUGGGACGACCUCCUGGCCCGCCGCGUGGAUCCCCCGUACAGGCCCUGUCUGCAGUCAGAAGAGGACGUGAGCCAGUUUGACACCCGCUUCACGCGGCAGACGCCAGUGGACAGUCCGGAUGACACGGCCCUCAGCGAGAGCGCCAACCAGGCUUUCCUGGGCUUCACGUACGUGGCGCCCUCCGUCCUGGACAGCAUCAAGGAGGGCUUCUCCUUCCAGCCCAAGCUGCGCUCCCCAAGGCGCCUCAACAGCAGCCCACGGACCCCCAUCAGCCCCCUGAAGUUCUCCCCCUUUGAGGGGUUCCGGCCCAGCCCUGGCCCCCUGGAGCCUGGGGAGCCGCCUUUACCUCCACUCCUGCCGCCACUGCCGCCCCCUUCGACCAGCGCCCCCCUCCCCAUCCGCCCCCCUUCCGGGGCCAAGAAGUCCAAGAGGAGCCGUGGGCGCCCCGGGCGCUAGCGGGUGGGGCCCAGGACAGCUGCCGAGGCCCUUACUGGCAGGCUGUGGGGGCCACGGGACCCCGGGCUGGUUCCGGAGACCUGGGGUGUGCCCAGGGAGUGAGGGAGGGGGAGUGUGUGUGUGUUUGGGGUGACUGUGGCCUCUGAAUCAUGAGCUUGGAGGGCCACGGCUGUAGCUGCUGCCAGGGGCCCCAGCUGCCCGAUGCUCACCUGCAGCUGGAGCUGUGCCCUCGGAGAAUUAAAGAACUCAAUCAUGGCACAAA